UCAGUGGCCUGCUGGUAGAAGCCAGGGCCGGGAUGGGCCAACCUUCUCUCACUGCACCUAGCCGUCAGUCAGCAGUGUGUGUUUGUUGUUGCAGGAUCCGUCUACAGGACGUCCCUGGUAGGAUGUACAGAGGAUACUGUUUCCUGGUGCUAGGCUGCCUGUUAAUGCUGCAGUUUAUUCUGUGGAUGGGUGGCACGUAUACCGACACUCGUUCCCAAGCGGUGGAGGGCUCACGAACAAGAGUGGACACAGUCAUGCGUGACACCCUAGACAGUUCAGUAUUAAUAGAUGAUUCCGUUGCCAUGGAUACCUUAUCAAAACUGAAGAUCUUCUGUUGGAUAACAACAAAGGAAACAGAGGUCAACAAGAAAAUCCCGGCAGUGAACGAGACUUGGGCGAAACGUUGCGAUCACAGAAUGUUUGUCAUGACAACCAAUAAACCUAAUACUGGAUUGGACAUAUUAAACCUUAAUAUCAAAGAUGGCCGCCAGCACUUGACGGAAAAGUCGAUAGCGUCUUUAAAGCAUAUUUACAAACAUCAUCUAGACAAGUAUGACUGGUUUCUGAAAGCGGACGACGAUACGUUCGUCGUGAUGGAGAACUUGAAGUUUCUGUUGUCGCACUAUGACCCGACUGAGGGGGUGUAUGUGGGUCACCUGUUCAAGAAAUACACCAAGUGGGGGUACAUGAGCGGAGGCGCUGGCUACGUGAUCAGCAGACAGGCUCUACGACUUCUGGUGGAACAAGGGUACAAUAAAAACGACACGUGCGCGAAGUCAGGGACGGACGAAGACGUGGAAGUAGCGAGCUGUCUACACAAUGUCGGAGUCCCCGUCCACAACACCCUAGACAGGUUCGGUCGGGAGUCCUUCCACGCCUUCAGCGCCGGGGACCAUAUCAUGGGCUCCCUGCCUAAAGCUAUUCAGAAGUGGGACCGCCAUGAAACUAAGAAGGGCAAGGAAUGUUGCAGCCAGCUGACAAUAAGUUUUCACUACGUGGAUCCUAAGCAAAUGAGGACGCUGGAGUUUCUGUUAUAUAGGAUUAGUGUCUAUGGGAGAAAAUCCGAACCACGACUUUUUCACAACUUCUUCCAAAUAGGUGUCGUGCCGUCACUACCCCCACCGACUACGACUACUCGCAAACCAGGUGCAGAAAAACAAACUAGUAAACAUGCCAAAAAAGUUGCAAAACAAGGGUGAAUGGACAUCAAGUGCCUGUUCUUUUGGAAUGACGAAUACCAGUUUACGGGUCGACAAUGUUCCAGGAUCUGGUGCAGAAAGUCUCAUUAGUUCCCUGUGUGAAACUGGAAUAGUGUCCCUAUGGUAACAGAGUAAUCAUUCUCCUGCAUAUAUGUUCGGGGCAUGGGUGGCCACAUCAUUGAAGGAGUCGCAUUCGGAGUCCAACAGGCGUGGCAGAAACCUGUGCCCGUGGGUUCGAAUGCCAGACUCGCCCUGUUUGUUUCUAGGUGUGCCAGCACUAUACCGGUGCCCGUGGGUUCGAAUGCCAGACUCGCCCUGUUUGUUUCUAGGUGUGCCAGCACUAUACCGGUGCUCGUGGGUUCGAAUGUCAGACUCGCCCUGUUUGUUUCUAGGUGUGCCAGCACUAUACCGGUGCUCGUGGGUUCGAAUGCCAGACUCGCCCUGUUUGUUUCUAUGUGUGCCAGCACUAUACCGGUGCUCGUGGGUUCGAAUGCCAGACUCGCCCUGUUUGUUUCUAGGUGUGCCAGCACUAUACCGGUGCUCGUGGGUUCGAAUGUCAGACUCGCCCUGUUUGUUUCUAGGUGUGCCAGCACUAUACCGCUGCUCGUGGGUUCGAAUGCCAGACUCGCCCUGUUUGUUUCUAGGUGUGCCAGCAUUAUACCUGUGCUCGUGGGUUCGAAUGCCAGAUUCGCCCUGUUUGUUUCUAGGGGUGCCAGCACUAAAACCGCUGCUCGUGGUUUUCACCAGCGCGGUAAACGUCUAAGACGUUCCUCCUGUGGCAGACGCUCCGUGGUGUAACUUGAGUACUGUUAAAGCGGGAUUAAGCCAAAGUCACUCGCUCAUUAAUAAGAGCGUGUGAUUAAUCACAAAACAUGGAACUGACUAAGCUCCGCCCAGGUAUAUAUUCAGCAGUAAAACUUUGUCGCGAAUAGCUGCACCAGUGCUCAUGCGGCGUUAAAGAAUUGUGUGAGUGAGUAAGUUUGAUUUAACGCCGCUUUUAGCAAUGUUCCAGCAAUAUCACGGCGGGGUACACCAGAAAUGGCUUCACACAUUGUACCCAUGUCGGGAAUCGAACCCGGGUCUUCGGCGAUCUGCAGGGAACCUCCCAAAUGUCAGGCGAGGUAAGAUUGAAUGCACUAGUACGUGUUACCCGUUGUCCACUACAGAUAACAGAGAACCAAAAUGAGGUACAUGAAUGGUAUGUUUAUUAUAUAUUUAUAUUGAUGACAAAUUUAAGCAAAGUAUGGUAUAUUUGAAUAUUGUGACAGAUUGGUGAUAGUUCCAACAAGAUAUCACUCUAUAUGAAUCACAGUUCGUGUGAUUGCUCAUCAUUCGAGAUAUUCAUGCUCAAGUCUGCUUUAGCAAAUGUCUAUCUGCAUCCUAAUAUCCAAGAGGGGUCUUCUGCCCAGUGCACAACUUCUCCUUCAGACGCCUCCGGUUCGAUUCUUGGAGCACGUGAACCCCUCAGGCAAGAUGUGGGGCUCCUUUCUGCGACUCAAUGAAUUCGUCCGACUUUCAUUUCAUGUUAUAUACCACAUGUGGGAUUGUUAAUAUUGUGAAUGUGUUCUUCAUGGUAACAUUUAAUAAAUUUGAUAAGAUGCUAAAUAAACUCUAAGGUCAAACGAUUUUAUUAAAAUACACUGAGUCUCACAACUAUAUCAUCAGAAAACAACUACGUGCAACCGGGGGGCACGGGUGGCCCAGUCGUCUAAGGCGCCGCGAUUCGCUGUGCAGAGUUGCGUCCCUUGGGCACGCCAGAAACCUAUGAUUGUG